GACCAUCAUUGAUUGUGGAGCGGAGUGUUGUUGAGAGGAAUAAUAGAAUAAGACUUUGGUCUUCUUCACCACAAUAAAAAGUCAGUUGCAGUUGCAGACUUCUCACAAUCUGCAAUUCUUCUUCCACUAACAGAUCCAGAAACCCCAAAGUAACCAUGUCCGGUGGUAUCGCUCGUGGUCGUCUCACCGAAGAACGCAAAGCAUGGCGAAAGAAUCACCCGCAUGGUUUUGUGGCGAAGCCUGAGAGUUUGCCUGAUGGUUCUGUGAAUUUGAUGAUUUGGCAUUGUACGAUUCCCGGUAAGACUGGGACUGACUGGGAGGGCGGCUAUUACCCCCUAACCCUCCACUUCACCGAGGACUACCCGAGCAAACCGCCCAAAUGUAAAUUCCCUCCGGGCUUCUUUCAUCCCAAUGUUUACCCUUCCGGAACUGUUUGUUUGUCCAUCCUUAACGAAGACAGUGGUUGGAGGCCAGCAAUAACAGUUAAACAAAUUCUAGUCGGCAUCCAGGAUUUAUUGGAUUCCCCCAACCCUGCUGAUCCUGCCCAGACCGAUGGAUAUCACCUCUUUAUCCAAGAUACUGUUGAGUACAAGAAACGGGUCCGCCAGCAAGCAAAGCAAUAUCCCGCGCUCGUUUAGAUGAAAUCAUGGUUUGCUAUCGUUUGUGUUAAUUUCAUGUAGGACGACCAUCUUGAUGAACUUUUGAUGAUUUUCUGUGACGCCUGUUUCUCUUGGAUGUAACUUAUUUUAAUAUUCGAAAAGAAAAUCUUAAUGUGGUUAUGUGCUCUACUGUUUCAACA